GAGGUUAAACAGUACCCAAGGUGAAAUCAGAGUUGGACCGAGCCAUCAGGCCAAACUUCCCGAUCUGCAGCCGUUCCCUUCGCCGGACGGAGACACCGUGACGCAGCACGAGGAGCUUGUGUGGAUGCCAGGAGUCAAUGACUGCGACCUGCUCAUGUACCUUAGGGCAGCCAGGAGCAUGGCAGCUUUUGCAGGCAUGUGUGAUGGGGGUUCCACAGAAGAUGGCUGUGUCGCAGCCUCCCGUGAUGACACUACACUUAAUGCACUCAAUACACUACAUGAAAGUAACUACGACGCUGGAAAAGCCCUGCAGCGGUUGGUGAAGAAACCUGUGCCCAAGCUGAUUGAGAAGUGUUGGACCGAAGAUGAAGUGAAACGCUUCAUCAAGGGGCUGAGGCAGUACGGCAAGAACUUCUUCAGGAUCCGCAAGGAGUUGCUGCCCAACAAGGAGACCGGAGAACUAAUCACCUUCUAUUACUAUUGGAAGAAAACCCCUGAAGCAGCAAGUUCUCGAGCCCACCGUAGGCAUCGAAGACAGGCUGUGUUUCGGAGAAUUAAAACCCGAACUGCUUCCACUCCAGUCAACACUCCCUCCAGGCCCCCCUCCAGUGAAUUCUUGGACUUGAGCUCAGCCAGUGAAGAUGACUUUGACAGCGAGGACAGUGAGCAGGAGCUGAAGGGCUACGCCUGUCGUCACUGCUUCACAACCACCUCCAAGGACUGGCACCACGGCGGUCGAGAAAACAUCCUGCUCUGCACCGACUGCCGCAUCCACUUCAAGAAAUACGGAGAGCUCCCACCCAUCGAGAAGCCUGUGGACCCUCCACCCUUUAUGUUUAAGCCUGUCAAAGAGGAAGAUGAUGGACUCGGUGGAAAGCAUAGCAUGAGGACAAGGCGGAGUCGAGGCUCGAUGUCUACACUACGCAGUGGUCGUAAGAAGCAGCCAGCCAGCCCUGAUGGUAGAGCCUCCCCUAUCAACGAAGACAUCCGUUCCAGCGGCCGCAAUUCCCCCAGCGCUGCCAGCACCUCCAGCAAUGACAGCAAAGCAGACUCGGUGAAGAAGUCCACCAAGAAGAUAAAAGAAGAGGUAUCCUCUCCCCUCAAGAACUCCAAGAGGCAGCGGGAAAAAGCAGCUUCUGACACGGAAGAACCUGACAGAUCCAAUGCCAAAAAAUCCAAAACUCAAGAGAUCAGCCGACCAAACUCUCCCUCCGAGGGCGAGGGCGAAGGCGAGAGCUCCGACAGCCGCAGCGUCAACGACGAGGGCAGCAGCGACCCCAAGGACAUCGACCAGGACAACCGCAGCACCUCGCCCAGCAUCCCCAGCCCUCAGGACAAUGAGAGCGACUCGGAUUCCUCGGCUCAGCAGCAGGUGCUGCAGGCGCAGCCGCCGGGGCUCCCCGCGAGCCGGAGCCUCCCCCCGGCCGCCGGCCACCCCCCGGGCGGCCUCCACGCCGUGGCCUCGCAGCCGCCCUUUGCCCAGCACGCCUUCGUGCCCGGGGGGCCCCCGGCCAUCACGCCGCCCUCCUGCCCCGCCACCUCCACGCCGCCCGCCGUGCCGGGUGUCCCGCUGCAGAGCUCCAUCUCCACGGCCGCCGCCUCGAGCGGGAGCGUGCCCGUGGUGACGUCCUGCACGCUGCCACCCAUUCAAAUCAAAGAGGAAGUCCCAGACGACGCCGAGGAACCGGAGAGCCCUCCGCCUCCGCCCAGGAGCCCCUCGCCAGAGCCGACCGUGGUGGAUACCCCGAGCCACGCCAGCCAGUCGGCCAGGUUCUAUAAGCACCUAGACCGUGGCUACAAUUCGUGCUCGAGAGCGGACUUGUACUUCAUGCCUCUAGCAGGAUCAAAACUGGCCAAGAAGCGAGAAGAGGCCAUUGAAAAGGCCAAAAGGGAGGCAGAGCAGAAAGCCAGAAGAGAGAGAGAGCGGGAGCGUGAAAGAGAAGCAGAAAGAGCUGCGCAGAAGGUAUCCAGCUCCUCCCACGAGGGCCGUCUCGGAGAGUCCCAGCUCAGCGGGCCGGCGCACAUGAGGCCUUCGUUCGAACCUCCACCCACCACCAUCGCUGCUGUGCCACCCUAUAUCGGCCCGGACACACCUGCUUUACGAACACUGAGCGAAUACGCACGUCCUCACGUCAUGUCGCCCACAAACCGCAAUCAUCCCUUCUUCGUCCCCCUGAACCCCACCGAUCCGCUCCUGGCCUACCACAUGCCUGGCCUCUACAACGUGGACCCCACCAUCCGGGAGCGAGAGCUCCGAGAGCGGGAGAUCCGGGAGCGAGAAAUCCGGGAAAGGGAGUUGAGGGAGAGGAUGAAACCCGGCUUUGAGGUGAAGCCCCCGGAGCUCGACGCGCUGCACCCGGCUACGAACCCCAUGGAGCAUUUUGCCCGGCACGGGGCACUGACUAUUCCCCCAACAGCAGGACCUCACCCGUUUGCUUCCUUCCACCCGGGUUUGAAUCCCCUCGAAAGAGAGAGACUUGCACUGGCAGGCCCCCAGUUACGGCCUGAAAUGAGCUACCCGGACAGACUGGCAGCGGAGAGGAUACACGCGGAGCGCAUGGCCUCGCUCACCAACGACCCCUUGGCCCGGCUCCAGAUGUUCAACGUCACGCCUCACCACCACCAGCAUUCACACAUCCAUUCACAUCUACACCUACACCAGCAGGAUCCGUUGCAUCAAGGUGAGCUGGGGGCAUUGCCAGGGAAUCUCGCAGGAGCCAGAAGCCUGCUCCAAACCAGGCAGGCUCAUCCUGGUGUUCUGAGCAGCAAAAUGUCCAGCUUUUUGCACAUAGCACUGGUGUGGAACGAGGUGGUGACACCCGAAGGGCAGCCACCUCAUGAGCAUGAGAUGCUCCGGCAUCCAGUCUUUGGUACCCCCUACCCUCGAGACCUGCCCGGUGCCAUUCCACCUCCCAUGUCUGCAGCCCACCAGCUGCAGGCCAUGCACGCGCAGUCAGCAGAGCUGCAGAGACUGGCAAUGGAGCAGCAGUGGUUGCACGGGCAUCCUCACAUGCAUGGUGGUCAUCUACCGAGUCAGGAAGAUUACUACAGUCGACUGAAGAAAGAAGGCGACAAACAGUUGUAAUAAAUUAUUUAUUUGUAAUUCUGGCUGUGGAAACCCCGGUCCUUGGGAAGGAAUGGAACAUUUUUACAUACAAUAAGAGCUACAAAAGGAAAAGAAUAUCUUAUAAAGAUUUCUUUAUAUAUUUAAAACAGAAACAACCACCCAACAAGUAGAGACUUAACAGCAUAGUGUUCAUUUGUAGAGAAGAUUUCUCAAGACUGGUGUGGGUCUCCCUGCAUGACAACGUAUUCAGAAGCUUAUUGAAAGUACAGGACUGUGUGGAAUAUUCGGAGAACUUCCUGCAAUCUUGUUUUUUUUAUUAUUAUUAUUA